AUGGCUGCCAACGGACAGCAGGUCUUCGACCCUGUGCUGGCGGCGCACAACACCAUGUCGUCGCAGGCGGAUCGCGCGCAGAAAGAGCAGGCACAUCAGUUUCUGGAGCAGUUCCAGAAGUCGGAAGAGGCAUGGACAACCACACUGGCUAUGCUAGAGGCAAACUCAGCAGAUGCCGCUGCCAAGCUUUUUGCUGCUACCACACUCAAGGGAAAGAUCGUAUACGACCUCCACCAAGUGCCUCGCGCACAGCUGCCAGAGCUCCGAGCAUCCAUCAUGCGGAAUCUGGCGACAUUCCACGCCGGACCUAAGCCCAUACGUCUGCAGCUAUGCGUGUGCCUGGCGAAUCUGGCCAUACAGAUGACCGAGUGGAAGGAUGUCCUCAAAGACGUGGUCAACGCCCUCGGCUCAGAUCCAGCAACGCUCCCUUGCGUCUUGGACUUCCUCCGCGUUCUCCCCGAAGAAGUCACGCAUGGACGCAAGAUCGCUCUUACAGAACACGAGUUGACUAUGAGGACGGCCGAGUUGAUCGACGACAACGCCCAACAAGCCCUGGAGCUUCUCAUACGAUAUGGCACAUCUUCCCCCGCUGCCGCACAAAACCCACAGUUACUAAACUGCAUCACUUCCUGGAUACGCGAGAUACCACUGGAUGCCAUCAUAAACUCUCCCCUUCUCAAGAUCAUCGUCGAGGAUCUGUCCCUGGAUGAUCCAUUCGAGGCCGCUGUUGAGUGUCUGAGCGCCUUGAUCGCGGAGACCAGGGAUGUCGAUGAGACCCUCCAGUCGAUAAUGGUCCUCUACCCGCAGGUCAUCAACCUCCAAACCAAGCUCGCCGAGGCAGCUCAAGAGGAGGAUACGGAAAAGUUCAAGGGCAUCGCCAGGAUAUUCGCCGAAGCUGGAGAAUCGUGGGUCAUUCUCAUCGCUCGCCUGCCGACCGACUUCCGCGCUUUAGUACAAGCCAUACUUGCGACAGCUGCAUUGGACAAAGAGAGGGAUGCCAUAUCUCACACGUUCAAGUUCUGGUAUGAUCUUAAGCAGUAUCUCACCAUCGACAAAUAUGCCGAAGCGCGCAACCAGUGCAUGGAUAUCUACUCUAAGUUGGUAGACAUCAUGAUUGGUCACCUGGAGUUCCCCAAGCCGGAGUCUGGCGACGAGAAGGAUCUGUUCGAGGGCGAUCGCGACCAGGAAGAAAAGUUCCGCGAGUUCCGUCAUCAGAUGGGCGAUGUGCUGAAGGAUUGCUGCGAGGUUAUGGGCGUCGUCGAGUGUCUUCAAAAGCCCUACGACCUCAUGCAACAAUGGGUACAAACAUAUGGCGCUCAAGCCAGUGCAAACAGCGUGCCCGAGUGGCAGAAGCUGGAAGCGCCUUUGUUCGCUGUUAGGGCUAUGGGUCGCAUGGUUCCUCCGGACGAGAACAUAAUGCUACCUCGCCUAAUCCCCCUCAUCGCAGGCAUACCCGACCACCACAAGCUACGCUUCCAGGCUGUCAUGGCUCUGGGAAGAUACACCGAGUGGACCGCACAGCACCCCGAUACGCUUCAGUUACAACUGGAUUACAUCAUGGCAGCCUUCGAUCAUUCCGCCAAGGACGUGAUCCGAGCCGCUGCUCUAUCAUUCAAAUUCUUUUGCAACGACUGCGCGAGCCUGUUGGUCAACUUUGUCGGCCCGCUUCAACAGUUCUAUGCGAAGAACCUCAACAAGUUACCGAUCAGCAGUCAGGAAGAGAUUACAGAAGGUGUUGCGUCAGUGGUCGCUAGGGUACCCAACGACCAGCUUCUAGCAACACUCAAGCUCUACCUCGACCCAGUCAUGGCUCACCUAAUCGAAGUUGCGCGACAAGCAAAGGAUGAGGCGGACCAAAAGCUCAUCGCCGACAAGAUCAAUCUGUUGACCAUCUUCUUCGAGAUGGUCAGGCCAGAGAUUCCAGCUGGUCAAGAACAUCCCGCUGUCAAGUACUGCCAAGAGAUUUUCCCUACUCUCGCUAAUAUGAUCACGCACUUUAACGCAAGCAUACCCAUCCUCGAACGUGUCUGUCGAUGCUGGCGAUACAUGGUGCUCUCCUACCGUACAGCCAUGCGUCCGCUCCUACCAGAUCUCGCGACUAAGCUGAUUGAGGGCUUCGACAAGUCAAGGCAGGGUUGCUUCCUGUGGGCGACGGCGUCGAUAGUACGAGAGUUUUCGCAGGGUGUAGACGAUGUCGACCCAAGCCUAGCAAACGACGUCUACCAGUUCUACGAGCAGCAAGCGAAGACCUUCCUACGGAUACUGAGCGACCUGCCCCCAGAGGAGCUUCCUGACCUCAUUGAGGACUACUUCCGCCUUGCCGCCGACAUGGCACUCUACUUUCCCUCAGAAUCGAUCAUGUCGCCACUUAUGGACACUGUUCUUCUUGCAGCUUGCAGUUCCCUGACACUGCUCAAGGAGGAUCCCAUCAUUGCAGUGCUGCACUUCCUACGCGACUUGCUUGGAUACGGUCGCAACUCGUCGCCCUCAUCUAGCUUUGACAACACGCGUCACGAAGUGCCCGAGCAACUGCGGAACCGCGUCAAGCAACUUGUUAUGGGUGCUGGCGUUCAACUAGUCCAGCGCAUCAUGACUGGCAUGAUGUACAGCUUCCCUGAGGGCUGCUUCGCGGACUCUUCUGGCGUGCUCCUCGACCUGUUCGAGCUUAUGCCUGAGCAGGUCGCUCAGUGGGUAGCUAGUACCGUUGGCAUGUUACCCCAAGGCAGUAUCACACCUCAAGAAAGCGAGCGAUUCCUAAAUAACAUUCGACAACGUAUCCAGACUGGCGAUGUCAGGAUGAUAAGGACUAUCCUACAAGACUUCACCACUAGUUACCGACGCCGGAACGUUGCGCCCCGCGAAGGCCUCGGUAGACUGGAAGCUUCGCGGUUCAGGUUCUCUGGUUAG